UCCUCCAUGUUAGUGUUGAAAAACACCACGACAGACAGUUAUAGACGUGUCAUUGGGUUCCAGACAGCAUUUCCCUUCUCGAUCUUGCCCUAGCCUACUCCCACCUUACCACUUCCAGACGCAACAUGCCGACAACUUGACUCCUUUUGAUUAACAGACAGGCAGACUGCUGACGAAAUGGCUUCAAAACGUCCUCUUCCCGAGGACGACCUCACUUGUCCCGUCUGCUGCGACAUCUUCAGGGACCCGGUUAUACAGCAGUGCAGCCACAGCAUCUGUAAGGAGUGCUUGCAGCGGUUCUGGGACAUUAAGAAAUCUCGAGAAUGCCCAGUGUGCAGACGGCAGUCACCCAAAGGUGAGCUACCGCGAAACUUGGCUUUGAAAAACUUGUGCGAGGCCGUCUUACAGGUGAAAAGUUCCGGGACAGCGUGUAGCUUGCACGGGGAAAGUUUCAAGCUCUUUUGCCUGGAUGACAAAGAGCCCGUGUGCGUCGUUUGCCAGACUUCAAGAAAGCACAAACUGCACGAUUUUUGCCCCAUCGAUGAAGCUGCCCUCGAUCUCAAGGAGGAGCUCAACACUGCACUAUCUCCUCUGCAAGAAAAGCUGAAACUUUUAGAGGACGUGAAAUACACCUAUGAUCAAACUGCUCAGCUCAUUAAGGGCCAGGCCCAGCUUACUGAGAGUCAAAUUAAGACGGAGUUUGAAAAACUUCACACGUUUCUCCGAGACGAAGAGACGGCCAGAAUGGAAUCUCUUAAGGCCGAGGAGAGGCAGAAGAGUGCUGCUGUGAUGAAGACGAUUGUUGCAAUCAACAGAGAGAUAUCAUCUGUCUCUGACACUAUUCAAGCCAUACAGAAGCAACUCAAACAAGAUGAUGUGACAUUUGUACAGAACUUCAAAACUGCAAUGGGAAAGACUAAAUGCACCUUGAAGACUCCAGACAUCGCUUCAGACACUCUAAUUGAUGUGGCAAAGCAUAUGGGCAACCUCAGAUAUCACAUCUGGAAGAAGAUGCAAGAGACUGUUGAAUUUGCUCCAGUCAUCCUCGACCCCAACACAGCGGCCCCACACCUCCUGAUGUCUGCGGAGCUGACUAGCCUUAUGUACAGUGACGUCAUGGGGCUGGUACCCGACAACCCCGAGAGAUUUGACUUCUACCACUGUGUGCUGGGCUCCGAGGGCUUCGACUCGGGUACCCACCACUGGGACAUCGACGUCGGGGACAAUUCCCUCUGGUACCUGGGUGUGAUGGCGGAGUCCACCCACCGGAAGGGGAAGGCCAUCUGGAACGGUGUCUGGAGCUUGUGGCACAUGUUUGGGGAGUACAAGUCCCAGUCUCCGGAUCAGGCCCCCACGCCGCUCUUGGUGAGCCAGCGCAUCCAGAAGAUUCGUGUGGAGCUGGACUGGGACGGAGGACUGGUUUCGUUCUUUGACCUGGCCAGUAAUACAUACUUGCUGAAAAUGGCGCACACGUUCACCGAGAAGGUGUUUCCGUUCUUCUAUAAUUUCUGUGUGCGCGCUCCCCUGCGGAUCUUACCAUUUAAACCGUCUGUGACAGUGGGAUAACCUUAAAGGAGCUGGUUUUAUAUUGAAGCAAAACAGUGUAGUCCUUUUGCCUUAAAACAAUGGCUUCAAGCUCGUUUGAUGCCACACCGACUUAAAAUAUGUGAAUUCAAUGUUAUUUUUUUCACAAACUGUUUAUUACAGCUAGCUGCUUGGAAAGCUUAGGUUCCGUGCUUUCACUUGAUAUGCAUGUGAUAUUUGUGUGACGAUUACUUGGUGAGCAAUUCAGCAGAGAAUAAUGGGUGUGAAUUUGGAUACAUUUUUCAUCCAUGAGUCACAUAGAGUUUAUACCAAAGAUUCUAGAACAGAGCAAGAUGGAUCACUGGCCGGAGAAUACGUUGGAUUUUUUGAAGUACAUUCAAACGCUCCAUGGGCGCCAUUUUGGUAAGCCGAAAAGUAAUAAAUCGUGCCUUUCACACGGCCAAUGGCAACGUUUUUUUUGCUUCAGAUUCACGCUACCGCCAGUAGAUCGGUAACGGCUGAUUUGAGAUUUAAAUCGUUAUUUAUUGACUUUUUAUAUUAACUUUUGUCUCCCUUUUCUGUAAUUGGCAAAUAGCCGUAUGAUAAGCGUGAUAAUGUAUAGAACGCCGGUCAUUAUCGGAAAAUAAGUUUCUUCAGGACGAAGCAAAACCCCACCGCUGCACGUCGGGGUUCUGUUCAUCCUGUCGGGACUUAUUUUCCGAUAAUAACCGGCGUUCUAUACAGUAUCCCUUACAUGUUUAACCAGAGAGGGUUAAAUAAUUAAGGAUCUUUGGUUUAACUAACAUUAGCGCUAGUGUAAGUUCUGAAUCUAGUGCUACGUCACUCAUUCAUUCGUUACUCCUGGCCAAUCACCACCAGUCUACAUCGGUCUUUACAGUGACUUGGCUCUUGCACCUGCACCUGUUGCUUUCAGGUGCUAAUUGAUUGAGAAGUGGUGCAGGCCAGGGACAAAAGGGUCAAAUGGCAUUUUUUUUUUACUGAGGUCUAAGGUGCAUAUUUUUUGUGUGUAAAGUGUGACUGUCAAACACUUUCCCUAACUGUACACAUGUAGCCUUUAAUUGAAUUAUGUGUGCUGCAUGUCUGCAUCCACUGUAUUCUGGACAACUCCAGCUUCAGAAAGUACAAAUCCAAUCAUGUUUUGGUUCUACCCGUGCACUUAACACAGAUGAUCUCAUCAAUUAGCUGCUCUACCAGGAGUUGUGCUAAUUAGAAUCAGUUGGUUGAAAUGAAUGGUUGGCACAGAUAUGUGGUAGGACUUUUACUUUCUGAAACUGGACUUUUUCACCUGUCUGUCUCCUGACUCCCCAAAAACAAUUGCUCCUCGAAGAUAAUAAUGGCUGAUCAUCAUCAAUAUUUAGCAAAAAUAGAAAGAAGUUGACAAGUUGAUGUAUCAACACAUUGUGUUAUGUAAUGUGUGUAACCUAUUUAAUAAUAUGCAUGUGAGUCCACAUAGUUUAUAUAUUUUUUCAUAAGUCUGUGAUUUACUGUAAACUGAUCAUUUUUAUACAGUAUAUAUAUAUAUAUAUUUAGCUGCUGAAUACCAUAAUAUUUAAUCCUUUACACCUUAAAUCUUUUAAUCAUAUCACUGGCCUUUAAGGUGCACUCAGGUGUUUUGUUGUUGCAAUAAUUUACUCCAUAAAUCAUGGAAUCACGUUAUGUUGUACUGACCACAUAAUCUUCUAAUCAUAAUGAAUCUGUUUUGUUGUUGUAUUUGGAUACUCCCUUAGUCAUGAUAUCAUAUUCUAUUGAAUAACAUCACCAUUACUGUCUGAAGUAUUCACUAAAAGGUGUUGACCUGCCAACAAAAUCAUUGUUCAAGGAUAUAAUACAGUUCGCUA